AUGACAGCCGGGACCGUGGUCAUCACCGGGGGCAUCUUGGCGACUGUGAUUCUGCUGUGCAUCAUCGCGGUUCUGUGCUACUGCCGGCUGCAGUACUACUGCUGCAAGAAGGAGGGGUCUGAGGAGGACGAGGAGGAGCCGGACUUCGACCCGCACCCGGGCCUGCCCCCGCUGCACUCCAACCGCAACCUGGUGCUGACCAACGGGCCCGCGCUCUACCCCGCCGCCGCCGCCGCCGCCUUCGGCCAGAAGUCCCCGCAGGCCCGCGCCCUCUGCCGCAGCUGCUCCCACUUCGAGCCGCCCGCCUUCUUCCUGCAGGAGCCCGAGGACGAGGGCGUGCGCAACGGCGGCGAGCGCGUGGCCUACCGGGCCCUCAGCCAGGAGGACAUGGAGCUGCCGCCCGCCGCCUUCGGGGGCCUGCAGCCGCUCAACCCCAACCGCCUCUCGGCCAUGCGGGAGGCCUUCGCCCGGAGCCGCAGCAUCAGCACCGACGUCUGA